GGGGGGUGUGGAUUUGAUUUGCGCGUCACUGUAUUUGCUGAUCAAGGUCAAUCAAAGUAAUCAAUCGAUGAGUGCUGGCAUGUUUACCAAUGCAAGUCAUUUUGCCAUUCAUGGUGGCAAUUUUACAGUCAUUUCAAGUGAUGAUUCCACUGUGAUCAAUAAAUGGCUUGGUGCCCCAGAUUGUUCUGCCAAUUAUGUAGCUGCAGCAGACAAAAAAUUUCAAGGUACUGGGGAAUGGGUAUUUGACCUUGAUGAAUAUAAGAAAUGGAGAUCUGAGCCUAGUGUACUGUGGAUUCAAGGACCAGCUGGAUCAGGAAAAACUGUUUUGACAACAACAAUUCAGGAAGAUGUGCGAAAAGUUUACCCAAAUGCUGUCUGGUAUCAUUAUUUUGAUACUCGGGAUAAUACUGGUCUUAAAACCACAUACCGUGGCUUUUUGUUAUCCCUUAUUCAGCAAAUGGGACUAGAGGAUAGGGGAAUCAAUCCUGCUCUCUAUACCCUCCACAAGUCAAACAAAUUCAAGAAAGUCCCAAAUAGUGAACUUCAAAAAGUGCUGGAAAUCAUGAUCAAGGAGAGAAAUGGUGGAUACAUUGUUGUUGAUGCAAUGGAUGAAUGCACAGAAGUCAGUAAAGUAUUAGACUGGCUGUCUGCAUUACCAGAUAAGCUGUGGAUUCUUGUGACAAGCAGAAUAGCAGAUGGAUUUGGAAAGAGUGUACUUCAGUUUGCACUUGGUGGCAAAGAGUCACAUAUUGAUAAAGAUAUAGCAAUGUAUCUUGAGUCAGAGAUUGAUAGUCACUUGAAGUUCGAAGGAGAUGUUCAGGACAAUAUAAAAGAAACAUUGAAAAAAGGUGCUCAUGGGGUAUUCCGCUGGGCUGAGUGCCAACUUAGAGCAGUGCAGAAAUGUUCUACAGCAAGAAGUGUGAAGAAGGUCCUGAAUAAACUCCCCAGUGACUUGCAGAAAAUAUAUGAGCAAGCUUUGAAAAAGUGUCAAGAAGAAGAGGAAAAUGUAGAGGAAGCACAGCAUUUGCUUUUAUGGUUGCUCUAUGCAUAUGAGCCAUUGACUACAAAGCAAAUCAAUGCAAUAAUGGCAGUUGACCUGAAAGAGCAAGUUGUUGACCAUCCUCAUAUGGAAGUCCAAGUGGAGAAGAUUAUUGACUCCACACUUGUGACUGUGGGACAGAACAACAUUGUCCAGCUUGCCCAUGCAUCAGUCAAAGAGUAUCUCAUGAUAUAUUCUCAAGUAAAACAGACAAAAGAUCUGUUUGAAUUGAAUGAAGAGUUGGCUCAUGAUAUUAUGGUGCGAACAACUAUCAUCUACCUUAUGCAAAAAGAAAAUAUCUCACACAAGGAAACUCCUUUUGGGAUCUAUGCAGUUAAGAAUUGGCUAGCUCAUGCAUCAAAGGUGGAAGUGUACAAAGUAAAAGGUGAAUCCCAGAGCUUGAUACAGAUUAUGUUGGAUGAUAAAGAUGUCUAUUUUGCAAGAUGGAAGGAAAUGUCCCUGAGGUAUGAGAACACUUGGGAAGAAUCAACUCAGGCAACACCAUUAUACUAUGGAGCACUGCAUGGCUUGUAUGAGGUUAUUCAAAAGCUUAUUAGUGAGCUAAAUUUGGGAACUGAUAUAGACAUAAGUGGUGGCACAUAUGGGACUCCACUCCAGGCUGCCUCAUUCAAAGGGUAUGAAUCUGUUGUGAAGUUGCUGCUGGAGAAGGGUGCAGAUGUCAAUGCCCAAGGGGGGGUAUAUGGGAAUGCACUCCAGGCUGCCUCAUCAGAGGGGUAUGAACACAUUGUGAAGUUGCUGCUGCAGAUGGGGGCAGAUGUCAAUGCCCAAGGGGGGGGAUAUGGGAAUGCACUCCAAGCUGCCUCAUCUGAGGGAAGUGAACCUGUUGUGAAGUUGCUGCUGGAGAUGGGUGCAGAUGUCAAUGCACAAGGGGGAGGAUAUGGGAGUGCACUCCAAGCUGCCUCAUCUGAGGGGUAUGAAGCCAUAGUAAAGUUGCUGCUGGAGAUGGGUGCAGAUGUCAAUGCACAAGGGGGGGAGUAUGGGAAUGCACUUCAUGCUGCCUCAUCUGAGGGGUAUGAAACCAUAGUAAAGUUGUUGUUGGAGAUGGGUGCAGAUGUCAAUGCACAAGGGGGGGGAUAUGGGAAUGCACUCCAAGCUGCCUCAUUUGAGGGAAGUGAACCUGAUAUGGGGGCAGAUGUUAACACACAAGGGGGGGGAUAUGGGAAUGCACUCCAAGCUGCCUCAUCUAAGGGAAGUGAACCCAUUGUGAAGUUGCUGCUGGAGAAGGGGGCAGAUGUCAAUGCACAAGAGGGGGUAUAUGGGAAUGCACUCCAAGCUGCCUCGUCCAAGGGAAGUGAACCCAUUGUGAAGUUGCUGCUGGAGAAGGGGGCAAAUGUCAAUGCACAAGGGGGGGUAUAUGGGAAUGCACUUCAAGCUGCCUCAUCUGAGGGGCAUGAACCUAUUGUGAAGUUGCUGCUGGAGAUGGGUGCAGAUGUCAAUGCACAAGGGGGGGAGUAUGGGAAUGCACUCCAAGCUGCCUCAUCUGAGGGGCAUGAACCUAUUGUGAAGUUGCUGCUGGAGAUGGGUGCAGAUGUCAAUGCACAAGGGGGGGAGUAUGGGAAUGCACUUCAUGCUGCCUCAUUGCAGGGGCAUGAAGACAUUGUGAAAAUUCUCCUUGAGAAGGGUGCAGUAAACCUUACUGAAGAUUGA